CUUUAGAACCCGGAUGUUGGUAGGAGGGGCUAAAGGCGGAAGUCCCUCCCACCGGAACCGGAAAUGAGACCACACAGUCGACUUGGAGGCCUCCGCUCAUUGCUUUAGAACCCGGACGUGAGUGGGAGGUGCUAAAAGCGGAAGUCCCUCCCACCGGAACCGGAAGUGAGCCUGUAAAUCUUCCCAGAUGCCCGUAGCUCGUUGGUUUCUAACCCGGAUGUGGGUAGCGGGGACUAAAAGCGGAAGUCCUUCCCACCGGAACCGGAAGUAAGCCCGUAAAGUCGACUAGGAGGCCUGAGCUCAUUGCUUCAGAACCCGGAUGUGAGUGGGAGGGGCUAAAAGCGGAAGUCCCACCCACCGGAACCGGAAACGAGCCCUUAAAUCCUCCUAGACUCCUGCAGCUCAUUGCUUUAGAACCCGGAUGUUGGUAGGAGGGGCUAAAAGCGGAAGUCCCUACCACCGGAACCGGAAAUGGGGUCUUAGAGCCGACUAGGAGGCCUCAGCUCGUUCCUUUAGAACCCGGAUGUUGGUAGGAGGGGCUAAAAGCGGAAGUUUCUCCCACCGGAACCGGAAGUGAACCCGUAAAGUCGACUAGACGGGUUCAGCUCAUUGCUUUACUACCCGGAUGUGGAUGGGAGGGGCUAAAAGCGGAAGUCCCUCCCACCGGAACCGGAAAUAGGGCCUUAAAGAAGCCGUCCGCCAUGCCGACCGUGUUGGGCCUGGAGGGUUCGGCCAAUAAAGUGGGAGCCGGGAUCGUUCGGGACGGGGAAGUGCUGAGUAACCGCAGGGCGACCUACGUGACACCGCCGGGACACGGUUUCGCUCCCGGCCCUGUGAGCCGCCAUCACCGCGCCGCCAUCUUGGGGCUGAUCGAGGAGGCGCUGAGGGACGCUGGGAUGGGACCGAAGGACAUCGAUGGGGUCGCGUUCACUAAAGGGCCGGGGAUGGGCGCCCCAUUGGCGGUGGUGGCGGCGGUGGCGCGGACGCUGUCCCAGUUGUGGGGCUGCCCGUUGGUGGCCGUCAAUCACUGUGUGGGGCACAUCGAGAUGGGGAGGAUGUUGGGGGCAGCCCGGGACCCCCUGGUGCUCUACGUCAGUGGGGGAAACAUUCAGGUUAUUGCCUUUUCUCGCCGCCGGUACCGGAUCUUUGGGGAGACGUUGGACGUGGCCGUGGGGAACUGCCUGGAUCGAGUGGCACGGCUCCUAAAGAUCUCCAAUGAUCCCAGCCCCGGCUACAACGUGGAGCAGAUGGCCAAGAGGGGCACCCGGCUCCUGGAGCUGCCGUACGUGGUGAAGGGGAUGGACGUGUCCUUCUCGGGGCUGCUCUCACACAUCGAGGCGCUGGCCCCGUCCCUGCUGUCGUCGGGUGAAGCCGCAGCUGAGGACGUGUGUCUGUCUGUGCAGGAGACGGUGUUCGCCAUGUUGGUGGAGGUGACGGAGCGAGCCAUGGCGCUGUGUAGGGCCACGGAGCUGCUGCUGGUCGGGGGCGUCGGAUGUAACAGGCGGCUGCAGGAGAUGCUGGAGCUGAUGUGUCAGUGCCGGGGGGCGCGGCUGUGUGCCAGCGAUGAGAGGUUCUGUGUGGACAAUGGGGCCAUGAUCGCUCAGGCCGGAUGGGAAAUGCUGCGAACGGGGCAGAAAACCCCAAUAGAGCAGUCCGGGAUCACACAGAGGUGGGUUAUGGGGUCUAUG